CUGGAAAAUAUCUCAGUAAUCGAUGAAGUUGUUAGAGACUGUUUUUUAUAUAUUUUUCAGAAAGAUGAAAAUGAAGGGUUGAAGGCGUCGCUUGAGGAGGCACGAGCGCAGCGAGUACUCCCACCGCCGGCUGAGAAAGCGGCCAAGGUACAAGCUCAGAAAGAUUCUGGUCAACUUGAGAGCAGCUCGUUGGGUGAAGUUGUUCUGCCAACAUCACAAGUAGCACCGUUCUCAUUGACUCCGCCUCAGAAUGCGACAGCUAUUCUUCACGACAUGUCGCUGAAGAGGAUCAGCUUUUUGGAGCAGGAAGCUUUACGCUGUGGUCAGCUAGAAGACCAAGUCCGACAGCUGAAAAAAGAGCUUCAGGUCCUAAAUCAGCAAUAUAACGGGUUGCUGGUGGUCGACGGAGAAAGGCUGGAGAGAAUUGAGGAACUCGAGAAUGAUGUCAUUGAUCUCCGCCAAUUGUUAAAAGAACAGGUUUCUAUAAUUUAA